GUUAAUCUUAAUAUAUACAUUUUGUACGUCUUGGUUUUUCCAUUACCGAACUAUCCAGAAAUCAUGCCAUCUAUUGACUGAUCAUCAUGAUGAUUAAUAUUAAUAAGAAAAAUGUUUAUGAUGCUCAAGCUUUAAAGUUUAAACCAACAACAUUUGAUUUGAUUUGAUUUGAUCACAAAAUUCGGGAUUCAUUUCAUUGUGUAUGUGUUGAAUGAAUGGAUUUACGAAACCGAAAUUAGCCAUGAUAAUCCAUGAUAAUCCAUCCAUGAAUAAGAUUCAAUAAUAAUGAAAAUGAAAUUAAAUGAUCGUUGUCUCAUACAUAUUGCUCAAUCGAAUGAUCAAAAUCCUAUUGAUCAAUGUGGUUGGCUACAACAAUGGAAUGAUGAAAAGAAAACAUUUCAAAAGAAAUGGUUUGUAUUGAAAGAAAAUCUUCUGUUCUAUUAUAAUCAACGUAAUGAUCGUGAACCUACCGGUCUAAUUAUAUUGGAUGGUUAUCGUGUCGAAAUAAUCGAAAGUCUAGCCGAUGAUAGAUUUCCAUUUAAAAUUGAUUUCGGUAUUAGCCGUAUUACUGGAAAACCAUUGAAAUCAUAUAUAUUGGCCACCGAUAAUCAUUCGGAUAUGGAACAAUGGAUUAAAGCUUUGAGCUGUGCAUCAUAUGAUUAUCUUAAAAUGGUCGUAUCUGAACUUGAACAUAGACUUAGUGAAUUGAAUCAGGAUGACAACAAAACAACAGCAACUAACGAUAGUGAUCAUUCAAAAUCCACUUCAAGUCCAAUUCUAUCAAGAUCAGAUUCCACACAACAACAACAACGUUUCAAUCCAUUUGAUGAACGGCCAGAUGAUCAUGUUCAAGAACAAUUAACAUUUGCCGAUCUUCAUGAACGAUAUGGUCAACGAAUUCGAAAAUGUUUUAUAUAAAAUGAAUUAUUA